AUCUACUCCCAACACCCCACCAAAGUGCUGUUUGUGAGAGGAUCAUAUCCGCCGGCCGGAGAUAAUGGCAGGGACGGUGCUGAGCAUGGCGAGGUCCAUGAUGGUGGGCGCCAUUAGCAAGGCCGCAUCCGCCGCCGCCGAUGAGAUGAGCCUCCUCAUGGGUGUGCGCAAGGAUAUCUGGUUCAUCAAAGAUGAGCUGGAGACGAUGCAGGCUUUCCUGGAGGCUGCUGAAGCAAUGAAGGAGAAAGACAUGCUACUCAAGGUGUGGGCCAAGCAAGUAAGGGACCUGUCCUACAAUAUUGAAGAUUGCCUUGGUGAAUUCAUGGUGCAUGUGGCAAGUCAAAGCAAGUUGCGGAAGAUGAUGAAGCUCAAAGACCGCCAUCGAAUCGCCAUACAGAUCCGUGAUCUCAAAUCAAGAGUUGAGGAAGUGAGCACCAGGAACACACGCUACAACCUGAUUGAGAAGAACCAAGUCACUAGUACCGUUGAUGAGAGGUAUUCUUGCAUGGAAGAUAUUCGCAAUCAAUCAGGUAGCAACAUUGAUGAAACUGAACUUGUGGGGUUUUCCAAGCCCAAACAAGAGUUGAUAAAUCUUAUAGAUGUUCAUGCCAAAACUGGCCCCGCUCAGGUAGUAUGUGUGGUCGGCAUGGGUGGCUUGGGUAAGACUACUCUUACAAGGAAGGUUUAUGAAAGCAUUGAAAACUUUUCAUGUUGUGCUUGGAUCACUGUCUCGCAGUCAUUUGCCAGGAUGGAGCUUCUGAAAGUUAUGAUCAAAGAACUUUUUGGUGAUGAAGCAUUGAAGAGGCAACUUGAAGGGAAGGUAGUGCGAGCAGAUGAUCUGGCUGGCUACCUUAGGAAAAAGCUACAUGACAAAAGGUACUUUGUUGUUCUUGAUGAUGUAUGGAACAUUGAUGAUUGGAAGUGGAUCAGUAGUUCUGUUUUUCCUAGCAAUAACAACAAAGGUAGCCGGAUAAUGGUGACAACACGAGAUGUUGGCUUAGCUGAGGAGUGUGGUUUGGAAUCUUCUAGAUCUCUUAUCUACCACCAUGCACCCCUAGAAACAAAAGAUGCCAUAAACUUGCUACUAAGGAAGGCUAGGAAAUGUAAGGAAGACAUGACAAAUGAUGUGAACAUGAGAGAAAUAGUUAUGAAGAUAGUCAAAAAGUCUGGACGGUUGCCCCUAGCUAUACUCACACUAGGAGGCUUGCUUGCCACCAAAGUGGUAACUGAGUGGCCAAGUAUUUAUAACCAGAUCCCCUUAGAACUAGAGAGCAACCGAAGCCUUGAAGCAAUGAGGAGGAUGGUUACCCUGAGUUACAACCACUUGCCCUCUCAUCUUAAGUCAUGUUUUUUGUAUCUAAGCAUAUUUCCUGAGGAUUUUGAAAUUAAAAGAAGGCGUCUGGUUGAAAGAUGGAUAGCAGAGGGCUUUGUUAUAGCCAUGCAUGGGGUUAGUGUUACAGAUGUUGGGAAUAGUUACUUUGAUUGCCUGAUAAAUCGAAGCAUGAUCCAGUCAUCAAGUGUGAACAUAGAGGGAAUUGUGAAGAGCUGUCGAGUCCAUGAUAUCGUUCGUGAUGUCAUGAUCUCAAUUUCUAGAAUUGAAAAAUUUGCAUGCUCGACAUGGGAUAAUGUGAGUGCAGUAACAGGGGAGAACUUCCGUCAUGUAGCAUAUCAUGGUGAUGAGCGCCCAAAUAAAAGCAUGGAUUGGGGGCUUGUCCGGUCAUUAACAAUUUUUGGGGAGAGAUACAUGAAGCCGGCUGAUUCACUUUUUUCGCCCGACUUCAAGAUGCUUCGAACCUUGGACCUACAUGAUGCCCAUUUUGAACUCACACAAAAAGAAUCCAAUGCCUUAGGGUUGUUACAUCAUUUGAAAUAUAUUAAUAUCAGUGGUCCUCCGCAAGAAGUUUCAUAUGUUUACAAGCUCCCAAGAUCCAUAGGGAAAUUACAGGGCUUGCAAACUUUGGACAUUGAGCACAGUUAUAUCGCAUCACUACCAACUGAGAUCACAAAACUGCAAUGCCUUCGUAACCUCCGAGUUAGGAAAACAAAUAUGCAUCAUAUUUUAUGCCGAUAUUACCCUAAGAUCUGCUUCAUGUCUGCAUUUUGUAUGCCUUAUGUGUUCAGUCCUUUAGUUAGUCAUGUCGAUCGUAUGGAAUUUAUGAUGGAUUUCCACAUGGUCCGGACUGGCAGUUUGUCCAACUCCAAUGGUGUGAGGGUGCCCAGAGGGAUCAAUAACUUGAAGGAGUUAGAGAUACUAGAGUAUGUUGACAUUCAGCGAACUAGUAGGAAAGCAGUUAAAGAGCUUGGGGAGCUAAUAAAGCUAAGAAAGCUGAGUGUCAUAUUAGGGGCAAGCAAGCAAAAGAGCAAGAUACUUUGUGCAUCUAUUGAGAAGCUCACUUCCCUCCGCUCUCUUUAUGUGGAAUGUAAUUGGACAAGUGGUCUCAAGUGGUUGCAUUCUAUUUCCUCCGUCCCCCCUCUCUUGAGGUCGUUGACUCUGGAUGGUGAUCUUGGGGAGAUGCCUGGCUGGCUUGGGGAUCUGGUGCAUCUGGUGAAGCUUAUAUUAUGGUCAAGCUAUCUAGCAGAAGGAGGUAAAAGUAUGGAAAUACUGGGCGCACUACCGAAGCUCAUGUCCCUUAAUCUUGGUUAUGACUCUUAUGCAGCAGAAAAACUAGUGUUCAAACCAGAAACAUUCUUAAACCUCAGGAAACUGGAAGUUUAUUGUGAGAAUCAACCGAGAGAGUUGAUAUUUGAGGUGGGCACCUCGCCCCAGUUGGAAAAGAUAGAAAUCAUACAGGGCAGGCUGGAAUCAGGGGUUACCGGUAUCAAACACCUUCCAAGGCUCAAGGAGAUUUUUAUUAGUCACGCUGCUCAAGUUGCGAGGCUUAGUGUUCUAGAAGGUGAAGUCAACGCACACCCCAACCGUCCUGUGCUGCGACUUUCCUUGGAACGACGCCACCAUGACCUGGAUCAGCACAUCGUCGAAGGAUCCGGUGUACAAGUGGAAGCAACGGUGGAGUCAUCCAUUGCGCCGGGAGAGGGCUCACAAUUGGCGGCCGUGCUGGCGGAGAGCGACAGCGAAGAUGACCUGCACUGAUAAUCUCAGCUUCAUUCCCUUCUCUUCUCAAAUCAGCGGCGUACUGCUGGCAUCGGACUGGAGUCUCUCGCUCAGGUCACCGCCUUGUAACACCUUGCUUUCAUGAAGUUGAAAUUUGGCAAACCUGGGACAAUGUGGAGCAUGGCAUGAUCAAACACAUAAUCGAAUUGAUGUGACUUAUGGAGGCGCAUUACCUGAUUUCUGCUGAAGGCUGUAUAAUAUCAAGGAGCCAACUAGAGGAAGGCAAUACCCAAGGAGCUAAGGUUCGACAGCAAAGAUCACCUACAGUGAUAAUCUCGUCUCCGUUUAGUUCGCUUCUCCACCCAGAUCGGCUGCAUAUAUGUCCUCAAGUUUUUCCCUGCUGUUGAGCCCCCAACUUCGCUAUUCAACUCGAUUGCCACCACCUUCUGAAACCAUGCAAUGUUUGUCAGUAAGAGGAAGUUAGAAUUUGAGGAAUCUUCAUAUUCAGGAGGACCUGGAGCAACUCUGGCAGAUGAGAAUUGAGCGGGGUGCAUGCCUCUGCAGCUGAAGUAAACAAAACAUUCCAGACAUCCAGUCUUCAAAAGGACACUGAAUGUUCUGAAGUGUGGACUGUGAUCACAUCGAUAAGUGCUGGGGAGGAGACGUGGAAAAUGCAUUCAGCCCUCGAAGUUCUCUCCUGGCUGUUGGCCUGUGAUAUGGUGCAAGGUGAAGCUGAGAGGGAUCUCGACAUUUCCCUGCUGUGAAUGAAAGAGGAAUGCAUUGAUCUUGGGGCUUCGGUGUAAUGGAAGGGAUUAGCAAGCUGCACUGCUAGUCAGAAGGAGUUUACAAGUUGCAACUGUUGACCUAGAUGAGAAAACGAUUCUCGAGGAACACCAACCGGACUAGAACACCUGCAAUUUUGAAUACAGAGUUACUUUGUUUUCUAGUACUCUGUUUUUGCAGAUAUGUUUAGUUCCUCUCUGUUUGUUGCUGCCACU